GCACAGGUGGCGCUCGUUGAGGUGGCAGGGCAGAGCUUUCUCAUGAAGACAACCAUUUUAUCCAAAUAUUCAAUGUUCCAAAGCGUAAUAGGGAAAGUUGACGAAGACAUUUUUGUAGGCUUGGGUACUUGCCGAAGUUGUUCACUGGAACAAUUCCUCGCACCCGAUGCUGAACACCAAACGCGAGUCUGUCACGUCAACUGCCGCUGAGGUCACAUUUCUCUGGCGGAAGGAAGCAAAUUGAAAGACUUCACAUUACCCAAAGUGAAAUUGCGCACUGAUAACGGGAAGACCGUGUACGUUACGACUGGAAACAGAGUUUGUGGGGUGACCGAAGGCGCAUACUGGACUAUGGAGAUGUAUACUUUGCGGAAAUUUGGAACCUUGCUGUCACUUGCAUUUCUCUUGUAUUUUCCAGGUUUUCCAGAUAUCCUGGUUGAAAGAACUGGAAUAAAGAGGGAAUAACAGGAAAUCCAGCAAUCCUCCAAUCAGGUGUGCUGGCCCAGAUCCAGAUGCCCCAGAGUAUCAUGAAGGUGAUCGAAGGUCAGAAGGUGGUGCUGCAGGCCUGGUACAGCACCAGCUACAGCAUCGGCAAGAACACCAUCCUCUGGAACUUUGUAGCCAAUAACUCUCAACUGAUCAUCUCCUACACCCUAGGCUCAAUUAGUUUAGGCAGCCCGCAGUUUGAGGAGCGAGUGGGCUUCACCGCCACCAUGCCCUCUGCCAACCUGUCUCUGUACAUCAACAACACGAAGGAGUCAGACUCGGGACGCUACUUCUGCCAGGUCAUCAUCCCCGGGGCCCAGGGCUUGACCGGGGAACUUAUCCUCGACGUCAUUGUCCCUCCUGCUGUACCAGAGUGCGCUCUGUCGGGGAAGCCAGUUCUGAAAGGCAACGUCACGCUGAGCUGCAAGUCCAAGUCAGGCAAGCCCAUCCCCAUGUACAAGUGGCAGAAGACCAGCCCCACAUCUGAAGUCUUCUUCUCUCCCAUGCUCAAUGAGAAGACAGGCACCCUGAAGCUGAGCAACCUGAGCAGCAACAUGUCGGGGAAGUACGUGUGUUUGGCCAGCAACACGGCCGGCACAAAGAGAUGCUACAUCAACCUGGAGGUCAUCACCUCGACCAACGCAGGGAUGAUUGCUGGGGCCACGGUGGGCUCGGUGCUGGGCUUAAUCUUCAUCAUCCUCUUCCUCGUUGGUCUCCUGAGGAGAAGGAGAGACUCUGAGGAGGACCUGGCCAAUGACAUAAAGGAGGACGCUCAGGCUCCCAAGCGCGUCUCGUGGGUCAAGAGCGGUGGCUCUGGCUCGGACGUGGUCUCCAAAAAUGGCACACUCUCCUCCAUCACUACCGCCAACAGGCCCCACCAGAGGGUGCCCUCUUCCCAGCUAUAUCCCCACCGCCCUCCCUCUGACACCACCUCCAUCAUCACUGCCACAGGCAGCGUCUCUGGCUACCGCCUCGGGCUGCGUGAUGGAGCUUCCACACCCACCCAUAGCCACACCCUGCCGGGCUACAGCUACAACACUGAUACAACCCAGACCCGCGGACAACAGUCUAAUUCUGCAGCACCCAGUGCCAACGUUAGUCCCAGAACUCAGCACCCACAGAGCUAUACCCAGCCCCAGACAGCACGUCCAGCCCCGCGCCCGCCACCUCUGCCCACUGUCGUGACCGCGUCCAACAUUUCCCACAUGGGAGGGGUUCCCAUCAUGGUGCCGGCUCAGAACCAGGCCGGCUCGCUGGUGUAGUGCCAGUCUGUCAUGGUGCAGUGUCCCUUUACCCUUCAACUGUACUUACUCACGUAAAUUUUCAAAAGGAAAAGAUUCAAAUGCCACAAAGAUAUAGCUAACUUGAGGAUUAAAGCUUGAAUUGGCCAUCGAAGAUGGAGCGUUUGACCUGCUCAAAAUGCAGUGAGAUCAUUGGUAAGACCUUAAGAGAUGGACUGUUUUGCUACACAGGGCUAAUUUUAUUUAAUGAAGUAUACAGAAGUACAUUUUAUUCAAAUGUUUUUUUAUUCUCCAUAUGUAUACAAAAUAUGUACAGAUCUGGAUUUCAUACAUUUGGGAAGUAUUUCGUAUUUUUUCUAUUGCACAUUCAAUCAGUGUAUUUUUUUACAAAGUUUUCCAAUGCAACUAUUUAAGUCAUCGGUCUUUCUCUGACAAGAUUGUAUUCACUCUAUCACGUCCUAUCAAGGCCAUUGUAUGAUGUCACUUUCAAAACGGGGACUUGACAAGAUGUCAUGGCACACUGGUGCUAGAUCCCCUGAUUUUACUUCUUUGUGCAUUCCUGCAGAUGGAUAUGACAAUUUAGAUUAUGAAGGACCAAAUUAGUUUGAAGAACAGCAUAUUAUUCAUUUUAUUCUAUCUAUUUUAACUUCUCAAAUGAGUGUAAAAAAAUAUGGUGGACUACUGCUGAAUACCUGUGUGGCAUCAUGCAGUUAAGAGAAGAAACUGACUGGGCAUACUAGAUUGAACAUUUGCUACUAGAUUUUCUAAAUGCAAAGUACACUUUUUGCCUUUUCAUGUUCCUUGUUUCAAACAUCACGACAAUUCUCUUUAGACACAGCUCUUAAAACGUAUGUCUUUUACCACAUAGGAAUAGCUUUUCAUAUUAUGUAAAAUACAAUUUGACACUUUGUCAAUUACAUGGAAUUUAGCGACUAAAGAUUAUGGUUACACCAUCGAGCUGUAAUGAUUUUGGGUUGCCCUCUGCAGGGAAAUUGUAAAUAAGGUUUGUUUUCAAUUGUAUUUGAGGCUGUUCAUUAACACUUGUGACUGACUGGAUACAAAAGCAGAGUUUCUACUUGUCAACAUCCCAAGCCGACAAGUUAAUUGAUGGAUAUAGACCCAAAUGUCAUCAUAUCAAAUGAGUAAGAUGAGGCACUUGUUUGAAAUGGAGGAGGUGGUGUGAUGGUGUGGGGGUGCUUUGCUGGUGACACCGUCUGUGAUUUUAUUUUGAAUUCAAGGCACACUUAACCAGCAUGGCUACCAUAGCAUUCUGCAGCGGUACACCAUCCCAU